UUAAAAAGUCUGAAAAGCUAAAAACAGAAUCCCUUUGCGCUCUUUUUAAGUUUGCCUCUCAUUAUGCGCAAUUGCGCAGCAAGACAGAUGAAAUGUGAUUCCAGCAGCGUGAUGCACUGGGUUGAAAUUACCGCAGCGCGUCAGGGAGAAACCCCUUCAGUUCUGACCCCGUUGAUGGCAAAUGCACAUACAGAUUCUGUCACAUGACCAGAACGAGCAACUGGUCAGAUAGUUAACGGGGCUGAAAAGACAGAGCGAUUUGCCGGAGACAUUUAUAUCUUGGAGACGGUAAGCAUGAUUGGGACUCCUGGCCGUCGUGACUUGUGGCAAUUUGCAUGAAGAUUGCGGAUGCGCUCUUUCCAAGUCUGGAUAUUCAGGCGGAGGCACCAUGGACGCAGCGGACGUAGUUGCUUCUUUGCUGAUUUUGGGGAUUAUCAUCGUGUCGCUGCUCUCCAACGUCGUAGUGCUGAUCUGUUUUCUGUACAACCCGGAAAUCCGCAAGCAGGUGCCCGCUCUCUUCAUCCUCAACUUGUCGUUCUGCAACCUGUUGCAGAGCGUGUCCAACAUGCCUCUAACUUUGUUCGGGCUCGUCACUUCGGGGCACCCCGGAGGCAGCGGCUUCUGUCAGAUCGUGGGUUUCCUCGACACUUUCCUCACCACGAACUCAAUGCUCAGCAUGGCAGCGCUCAGCAUCGAUAGGUGGGUGGCGGUGGUGUUCCCGCUGAGCUAUCACUCGCGAAUACGCCACCGGGAUGCGGUACUGGCGCUGGCGUACACCUGGAUACACUCGAUGUGCUUCUCCGCGGUGGCCACCUGCCGCUCCUGGCUCGGGUACAACCACCUUUACGCGUCUUGCACCCUCUGCAGCGUCCGGGCAAAGGCGGCUGGGAAACAGUUCAUUGUUUUCACUGUAGCUUUGCAUUGUCUCACAUUCCUCCUCACGCUGAUCGUGAUGUGCGUAACAUACCUGAAAGUGCUAAAAGUUGCACGGUCUCACUGCAAGCGCAUCGACGUGAUCACGAUGCAGACGUUGGUGCUGCUGGUGGAUAUUCACCCCAGUGUUCGCCAGAAAUGCCUGGAGGAGCAGAAGCGCAGGAGGCAGAGGGCCACCAAGAAGAUCAGUACAUUUAUCGGCACAUUUGUGGUCUGUUUCACACCUUACGUCAUUACAAGAAUUGUAGAGCUCUUCUCCCCAGGGCCCAUAAACCCUCACUGGGGUGUCUUCUCCAAAUGCCUGGCCUACAGUAAGGCAGCCAGUGACCCGUUUGUCUACUCACUGCUGCGUUACCAGUACAGAAAGACCUGCAGCCUGCUGGCCAAUAAAGCUCUCAAGAGGAGUUCUCUGAACUCAUCCUCCACCAGGGUAGAAAACAAAGCUAGGACUACUGCAGUCACUUGCAACGCAACGGUCAGUAUCCAACCACCAACUACUCAGCCAAUGAAGGCAAUCAUAUGUAGAGAUGUAUAUCAAGCUCAAGACGGCCGAUUGACCUCUUUGUAGCAUCAUAGCUCAAAACGUGUGCCUCUCAGUUGUUCGCCGGGGAACAAAGCUGGUAAUACUCUAUAUCUAUUUUUUAUAGACAAAAUAGGUUCAUGAAAACAUCUGAGGCAAACAUGUUGUGUCUCUUUAUAAUGCCUGACUCACUGAGCUGCGCAUUUGUUCCUGCACAGGGCAUAAUAUUUUCAAAAGUAGGUCACAAAAAACCCCCACAUUUUUUUAUUAUAGUCACAGUUGUCUUUCUUAUUGGUUGCCGGUUAGAAAACCUUGCAAGGUCUUACAUAGAUGUAUAUACACAGACACCCACACACGCACACCUUACAACCUCUGAUCUAUGGGCAAAAAUGCUUCAUCGUGUCAAUUUUAUUUUCACAAUCUCAAGAGCACAGUCUGUAGAAUGUAUAUACAAAAUAAUAUCCCUGCUGGGAUGAAUAAAGUAAUUAUUCUUCUUCGAAUACAAUACUACAUUAACUCAAUGUAAUGCCAUGAGGAAGUUCUUUUGUCCAUGUCUCGAUCCCAGUGUGGAAUGUGUGCAUGUGGUGCACACGUGCACACAUGUGUGCACCAUGCAUGUAUAUGUAAAACAUGCAUACAAAUUACUGAUGUUUUAACACUGACUGCAAUUUUAGCUCUGAAAACAAGUGUAGCUCUUUAACUUAUGCAUAGAUUAUCAUGGCAUUACUUUCCCAAUAGCUUUGUAGCCUCAUUUUAAAUUUGCUCCAAGCAAAAAUAGUAUAAAGAAAGCAACACUUUCACUAAAGGACAGGGUGCCUUUUAUGGUAUCUACAGGGUGUACGUCCCCCAUUGCUCUAAUAUUAGAGAGAUGAACUCUGCAGGAGUAUUUUCUUAUACCAUAGUGGCUCUUAUGUACUUAUGCAGUCUGAAAAUACACUGAUUAGUCCAUUGCUUGUAUAACUAUGUUAAAUUCAUUUUUACCUCAGUAACGAUUUAUUAUUAUUAUGUUGGAGAAUUUGCUGUCCAUAGAAAGUACAGAGGUGGUAUUGUGCACUAAACUGAGGGGUUUUAUUGAAACCCCGGUAUAUUGUGACUGUAAAGUGUAACUUAUGAAGUGCCUUUUAGAUGAUGAAUUUUAGUUUAAUCAAAACACAACAGAUCAGACCUUAUAAAUACUUUCUCAGUAUUUUGUUGUUUGGUUGAAUACCGUAUUUUGUGAUGCAACCUCAUUGUUGAAAUCAGAGCUCCUUCUAAACUUGAUGAUUCUCCUGUUUAUUACUUGUGAAAAGCCUUUAAUGUAAUAUUUUGAUAAAUUAUCUUUAGUGUAGUUAAAACUUCUCAUAUUAAUUUUAUUUGGAACAAAAACACUGGUGUUACACUUAUUAACCUCUUUUGUCAAUAUAUUGUAGAACCUCUUUUUGCCAAAGGGACUGAAGUCCUCCAUGAAAUUCAAAUUCAAAUGCAGUUCAAAACUACUUUAUUAAUUCCUAAGGCAAAUUAAAUAAGACAAAUUUUGUCUGGUAAGCAAUUUUUGUUCUGAUUUGGUCAGAAAUUUUGGAUAAUCCUCAUGCUAAAAGAUUUUAGCAUAAUGAUUUUUAGUUUUACUUAGCAAGGAUAAAUAUUUUUUGUAGAAAAUAUCCUUAUUUUUUCAACGGGAUUUAGAAUAAAUAUAACAAGGUUCCUACGGCCUUUGGAAGAGAAACAGGACCACAGCAUGACGGGUCCUUUACCAUACUUCACAUUAAGUAUGACGUGCUUUCCCACACUAUACUGCAAUAAUUCUAACUGUGAGCUUUUUUGCCCUUACCAUCUCUCUUCAAUGCGUGGACAAAAAUAUUUUCUUUUCCCCCUUUUUUAGGAGUAACUAAGAUAAAUAGGUCUCAGUGUCAUGUCAUAUGUAAACAGUUUUCUGGCAAAAGUUGUCCAAUUUUUAUCUAAAAUGUCCUGGUAUUUUAAGCAGUUUGUGAUCCCUUGCAGUUUAUUAAGUUUCCCUCGCCUGUGAGAAGAGAAACCAGGCCUUAAAGAGUCUCAGUAGGGUGCUUUUCCACACUUUGCUGGAAUUAACUUUAGAUUUUUUUUUUCCACCCAGCUUACUAUUCUCCCUGUGUGUGGAAUGUUCUCUUGUUUUCCCAUUUUUAAGGAAAAGCAAAGAGAAACAAGCUUCAGCGUCACUUCCUACUCUUUGAAAACAGAAUGUAAUGAUGAAUAAAUGAACUUUAAGCAACAUAAAUAAAAAUCUAAUUGGAAAAAAAAAUCGGGGUUGGGAUUAUUCCGGUAAGUGUGGCACUGGAGUGUUCGUUAAAAAUAAAACCAAAAAACAUAGCAUUUUUUAAAAAGUGAAAAAGAAGUGCUUGAGUUGACAGUAGUUUUAUCAGCGUAAUUGUACACUACUGCAAUACGAGAUGAAUAUAUCUGAAGCCUUCUUACAAGUCUUAAACAGGGGUGUCAAUAAGUGUGCAGGUUCUGUAUGAUGAAAUUUUAUUUGAAUGUGGUAGCAACUAGAGUAAGUGACAUCCCAGCUCAAGCAUCUCAAGAGGGGCUGAGUUAUAUCUAUAAUGUAAAAAGGUAGUUAUUUUUGACAACACUGGGAAAACAGCAUGUUGUUUCUGUGACAGUAUGGAGCCUUUAAAAUGGCUUAAAAACUAUUUAUUUUUGUCUAACUGUGUCUGAUUUUUUGCUAAAUGCCUUGGUGAUAACAAUGCAAUAAAUGCUGUGCAUUUUGACAUUUUAAAA